GCCGCCCCGCGCUCUGCAACGGCCACCGGCGGAGCGUCCCGCGCAGUGUGCGGCGCGCCGGCCCCCGGCCCCUCCCGCCCGUCGCCCCCGCGGCAGGAGGGGGUGCGGGGGUGCGGCGCUCGGCCGGGGCGGGCACCCGCCCCCUCCCGUCCCUUGCCCCCUCCCACCCCGCCGGGGCCCGGCUCCGGGUGCGAAUUCGGCUGCGGCUGCGGGAGCGGGUCCAUGCCUCCCACAGCCCGCCGGCCCGCGAUGGAGCUCGGCCCCAACGGCCUGCUGGGCUACAUCGAGGACCUGCAGGACCUGACGCUCACCGAGAGGCCGGUCCGCAGGAGUCUGAAGACGCCGGAAGAGAUAGAAAGGCUGACGGUUGAUGAAGAACUGAAUGAUAUCGAGAGGGCCGUUUAUCUGCUCAGUUGCGGUCAAGAUGUCCAAGGAACCAGCGUGUUUGCCAGCCUUCCUCACCUGACACAACAGGAUCCUGCGGAGACACUGCGGAGGGUCUUGCCCAAAGCCAGAGAGGUGCUGCAAAGCGCAGGGGUGGAGACGCAACUGACGGCUGCAGCAUCCUUUCUGACCAUCCUGAGAGAGGAAUCCUUAUCUGUCCAAACCUAUUCCCGCGCCUUCCUCCCUAUCAUCUUGCAGCACCUGGAGCACAGAGAUGCAGGUGUUGGAAAUGCAUGGCUGGAAACUCUGCUGGCGGUUAUAGAAACUCUGCCUAAGGACACUGUGAGACGUGAGAUCCUGAGCCCACUAAUCUCCAAGGCGCAGCUCUCCCAGACACUUCGGUCCCGCUUGAUGAACUGUCAGAUUCUAGGAAGAUUGGCCAACAGAUUUGAAGCCCACACGCUCAAGAGGGAGAUCCUGCCCCUGGUGAGGUCACUCUGCCAAGACGUCGAACAUGAGGUGCGAUCUUGCAUGUGCCGGCAGCUGGAGAUGGUCGCCCGGGGCGUCGGGGCGGAACUGACCAAGAGUGUGGUGCUUCCCGAAUUGGUGGAGCUGGCCCGAGACGAAGGUGGUGGCGUGCGACUCGCAGCCUUCGAGACCUUGGUCAAUCUGCUUCCUGUCUUCGAUACGGAGGACCGGAGUCAAACUGUGCUCCCUUUAGUGAAAGAAUUCUGCGACCAGUGUUUCCAGGCAGAUGAAUCGAUUCUGGUUUCUUUCUCUCUCCACCUGGGGAAACUCUGCCACGGACUAGACGGGAUCCUAACUGCGGAUCAGCAUUUGAGAUUCUUGGAAUUUUAUAAGAGACUCUGCACACUGGGGUUCCAGCGGGAAAAUGGGCUUGACGAGAAUCAGACGUCACCGGGGACCCUGGAACGGGAGAAGAGAUAUAUCUGUGUGCGGAAGAACUGCGCCUACAACUUUCCGGCCAUGGUCAUCUUUGCGGACCCCAAGAAAUUCCACCCAGAACUCGGUUCGACUUUCUUCCGCCUCUGUCGCGACCCGGAAGUCCCAGUCAGAUACGCCGUCGCCCUUGGUUUCUAUGAAGUUUCCAGGCUUCUGGAUUCUGGAGUGUGUCUCAUCCAUCCUGAGCUGGUCACGCUGCUGCAGGACGAAUCACUGGAGGUACUGGAUGCAUUGACAGAACGUCUCCCAGAGAUCCUUGAGCUCGUCACCUCUGGUGGAGAAAGCACUGCACAAGAGCGCAAGCCGUCUCCUGUCCCUGACCUGAUUCCAGCACUGACUGCGGCAGAGCGGCGGGCCGCGGCCUCCCUGAGAUGGCGGACUCAUGAGAAGCUGCUGCGGAAAUUGGCCUGUCUGCCUCAUGUCAUUUCAAGUGACCAGAUCUAUCGCCGCUUUUUACCCAGGGUGCUGGCGGUCGUGACGACUAACAAUGUCUUACCUGUCCAAAAGGCCGCAUCCCGGACUCUGUGUAUCUUCUUAAGGUACAAUCGUAGACGUGAACAGAGGCGUGAGGUCAUUCAGAAGAUAAUUGAACAACUUGGUCAAGGGAAGAGCUGUUGGAAUAGGCUGCGGUUUUUGGAUACCUGUGAAUUUAUCAUUGAGAUCUUCUCCCGCUCCUUUUUCUGUCAAUAUUUUUUUCUUCCUGUCCUGGAGCUGACGCAUGAUCCAGUGGCAAAUGUGAGAAUGAAACUCUGCCACCUGUUGCCCAAGGUCAAAUCAACCCUGAAGAGUUCAACGGACAAACGUCUGCUUCAGCAGUUGGAACUGUGUGUGAGGAAGCUCCUCUGUCGGGAGAAAGAUAAAGAUGUCCUAGCCCUUGUCAAAAAAACCGUGGUAGAGUUGGACAAGAUGGAGGUAGCAUACAUGGACACUUUUCAGGAAAGAUUUUCUGAAGAAGAUUUAUCAGAUCAGGAGAAAGAAAGAGAAGAGCUCCUUCUUUUGGAAAUGGAACGGUUAGAGAAAGAGAAGCAGCAGACCAAUGGAAGACAGAGCAGCGAUAAAGCACUGGAGAAAAAGCGCCGAGACAGUAAAAUGGCACCAUCUCUGGUCCCGAAUCUUUCAACUGUCAUUGUUGGAAUCACCACCCCGGCUCCGUCUACAAGCCGAGAAAUCAAGGGAUCCAGAUUGGUUCGAAGUCAGUCCUUUGGCGGUCAGGCUCUUCACUCCAAAUCAGGCCAUGUCGACAAAUGCGUUAACCAAGGUUUUUCCACGGGCUAUCCCCUGACCCUCUCUGGCCUAGGAAAGAAUCCUUCGCAAUCAUCGACCGACGAUCUGUCCCGGAUUCGUGACAUCCCUUUGCCUGGCACCUCCCAGAUAGCUGACUCAACCGACACAAAGAAUGACAGCCACAGAGAUCCUCCACGACGGAAGGGCUCCACAAAAUCAAAUCCCUGAUCGGUCCAGCAGACGAAAAGGAGACUGGAGGCAGCUGAGGGUCAAGAGUGGUGGACAAUGCUUCUCCUAUGAGGAGUGGGGAGGGAGGCCAUCACAUCUGACAUUGCCCUGCCUGCCGUGUCCUGGGGACCUGUUAGAGAUUGUCUCGGGCAACGGUCAUAUCAUGUCCCGCUUUUGCAGAGUGGCAUCUCAUCGACAGCUCACCAUGACAUCAGACUCUGUAAAGCACACGCCUAGAUCGUGACCACUGCCUGCUGCAUCGGUCAUAGUCUGAGCUCCUUGGCCUUUGCCCCGAUGAUGUUUGAGUGUCAAGAUGACCCCUGGUGUGAGGGCGGAUCCGUGGCCUUUCGUCAGAUAUUCCCCUGGCUCAAAAGUGGACCAACCGAGACAUCACAGAACGGACGCCCAAGGAUGGAGUACAUCCCAGGAAGUUGCCAACGUGUUGUUCCAAUAGCAGUCAUCUCCAAUCCAGAGCAGUCUAGAGAAAGAACGCUGUGGGUUUCCAUGAAAGUUUAGGCAUUGGUAGUGAGAGACGAAGGAUUCUCUCCAUCUCCCCAAAUGGUUUCUAGCUGAGCUCUUCCAUUUAACUGUCAGCAUCCCAAUGGAAAAGUCCAUCACACUGUGGCUGAUGGCACCUGAAUGCUCAAAGGUUCCAUCCAGUUGUGCCUGUAGAAGGCAGAUGGUUUCUCUUACACUCCUGCCUGAGUUUUGGCCCGAGAAGUUGUCCUUGCCUUGUCCUUCUCAUGCCACUAGCAGCCUUCAUGCAUCUAGGAAACCAAUUUUUUCCGACCAUCGACCCAGGGUACGACAGAGAGGAUUUGCUCAGGGAACACAAACGUUCACAGGCGUCGUUGGUUUCUAGAGAGCUUGACUUGUUGAUUGUCUUUUCUGUUGCAUUUUCAUAUGGCAUCUGGAUGUCCUCUCGGACGCCUCGUGGCGCAAUGCUCAUUUCUACAAGAGCUGUUGGCCGGUCGUGCUGUGUAUUUUGAGGAAUAAAAGGAGGGAAGAGAGCA